AGUCAUUUGUCGGCAGUUCAAGUGAGCAGAUGGUGAAAAUAGACCAGAGCCAUGGUUCUCAAAAUUGUUUUGAUGAUCGCUUUAAUGGCGACCGUGUGUGCUGAAAAGACUACCAAACGCUUUGUUGGUGGUCAAUUUGUGAGCUUUGGUGAUCGGGAAGUGAUCAAUACUAUGAGGGAUCGCAAUAUCACAGAACGCCCCAUCACAAAGGCUGAAUUCGAGCAGUUGACCCGAAAGUUUCGUUCCAGCAUGGUUCGUUUGAAGCAGAGGAACAAGAAAUUGGAUGCUGUAUUCCUUAUUGAUUCUAGCUCUAGUGUAGGCCGGCGAAAUUUUAUGAGUGAAGUGAAAUUUGUGAAAAAAUUGCUAAGUGAUUUUCCCGUGAGCCUAAACUACACCCGAGUGUCUGUCGUCCAAUUUAGUUCCCAAGGAAGAAUUCAUCGACACAUUGACCAGAUUUCCAUGCCCAAGAGAGACAAUGACAAGUGCAUGCUGAUCAAUCACGAGAUUCUCAAGCUUAGAUUCAUCGGAGGCGGAACAUUUACAUAUGGUGCUCUUAGGGAAGCACGUGAUAUCCUAAGCAAGGCUCGGAAACACAGUCAAAAGGUCAUCUUUCUCAUCACAGAUGGCUUCUCCAACGGAAAAGAUCCUAUCCCAAUUGCCAAUAGGCUCAAAAGGGACAAUGUUACAAUCUUCAGCGUGGGUAUUGCUAAUGGAAAUGUCGAGGAGCUAAAUCAGAUCUCUACGCAACCUUCUGAGGAUCAUACCUUCCUCCUCAACAACUUCACGCAAUUUGAAAGUCUUGCUCGUAAAGCUCUUCAUGUUGAUUUCCGUAUGGGCCAACAAGUCGAAACAAAUAAGACAUUCUGUGCAAGGCUUUGCGAUUUCAGUGCAGGAUCUGAUUCCUGCUGCGAUGAGAAUGCCGUUUGCUCUUGCGGAAUAGGUUCCGGACACUAUUCUUGCCUCUGCAAGCCAGGAUACUUCGGUACUGGUUUGAAGGACAACUGCAAUGCAUGUCCUAAUUCAACGUACUGGCACACUUGGAACUUCUGUAAACCUUGUCCUGACAUCAACCACAUUACCCUUGGAGCGGCAGUUGGGAUCGAGGGUUGCGUAUGCAAGGAUGGGUUUCUUCCAGUUGAAGGAAAUCGAUGUGAAGUGAUAACUUGUCCAAAGCUUACACCUCCUAAAAAUGGAUACUUCGUGAAACAUCCGCAAGGAUGUGGUAAUGUCCUUAAUGCUGCAUGUGGAGUCCGAUGCAAAUCUGGGUAUCAAUUGGUCGGUAGUAGUAUCAGACUAUGUCAACAAAAUGGAACUUGGUCAGGAAGCGAACCUGAAUGCGUUUUAAAGGCAUGUCCAGCACUGCAAGUCCCGUACUACGGUCAAGCCGUCUGUAAGAACAGUGAUCUCAAUCUGAUUGCUGACUACACCCCGAGAAACGCCACAUUCAUGGAAUUUUACAUCGAUGAUCACCAUCGUGUAACAGAACCCAUGCCGAUUGAUACAAACUGCGUGUUUAAAUGUGGUCCGGGAUAUUACUUAGUUGGUUCAUUUUCACGCAAUUGCCUACCACUUUCGAAGUGGGAUGGCCUACAAACCACCUGUAGGCAGAUCUUCUGUUCCAAAUUACCUAAGAUCAAUUUCGGCUCGUAUGAUCCAACCGAUUGCGAUGUAAACAAAUCAACCCAUGGAACCAAUUGCACCAUAAUCUGCGAAGAAGGGUUCGAUUUGAAGGGUCCAGUUCAGAAAACAUGUACGGGAAAACGAAAUGGUUUCUGGACACACAAAAAUAAGCAUCCAAAAUGUGUAGACGUUACACCACCAUCAUUAAUCUGUCCUGAAAGUUUCACUUUGAAUAUGGAAGCUACGGAGAACUAUGCAAUGCUCUCAAGCAUCCCCCAACCAAAUGUUUCGGAUAAUUCGGGAAUUAAUGUGACCUACUGGACUAAACCAGUUCUUGAGGCGAACUUUACGAAAUUAACAAUUGGAAAACACAAAUUCAUUUAUAUUGCUACUGAUGCUUUUCGCAACAAGAUUACUUGCAAUUUUACUAUUACGGUUGAGGACACAACACCCCCUGUUUUGGACAAUUGUAUCGAUCCUCCUGAAUUUCAUGUUCGAACGCAUGGUCCAAAGAGAACAAUGAUCGAAUGGGAGGAUCCUAUAAUCUAUGAUAAUUCAAAUACCAAACUCAAUGUUACACAGUCAAUGGAACCUGGAUAUCUCACACCAGGAGCCUAUCAAGUAACGUACACUGCAACAGACUCCUCCAAUAACUCAGCUUCUUGCACAAUGAACAUUACAAUUAAGGAGUUGCAAUGCGAAAGACCGGUAUUCCCUGAGAAUGGAAAGAUGAUUUGUGCAUCGAAUGAUACAAAAAUGUGGUGCCAUGUCAUUUGCAAUCCCGGAUUUGCAGCCUAUGAUGCCUACGAUGAGACUCACAUGGAGAAUCUAACCCUCUUCUGCGACCACGACUAUCCACGGUGGAAAUAUGAUCCGAUGAUUGAUUGCACAAAAAUCAAUUUACCAGAAUCUGUUGAUGAGGUGCUGACCAUCCCCCUUGACAUCGACAUGGAUUUUUGCGAAUCCGAAUAUAGAGAUGGUUUCUAUCGGGAAAUGAAGGAUUACGCUCACCAAGAAUUCUGUGGCAAUCAACCAAAUUGCGAGGUAAUCACAGAAAUUCCCCUUUGCACCACCGACGACAUCCCCAAGGAUCCCAAUCUAGAGAAAAAUGUCUAUCAUGUUGUAGAAAAGAGGGAAAUCUCAAAUGGAACUCGGAAGAAUCGACGCAGAAACAGGAUGCACCUCAAAGUGAGUGUCAUUAAUAAACAGGGACGACGAGUGAGUCCUUAUAACAGGGAGUCAAACUCGAGAAAAUUAAGAAAUGGUGCUGAGCACUUUAGCAGAGGUAUCCAGGGAAAAUUCACGGAUGUGAAACUAAAUGUUGGAGAAUUGAUGGUAAAUGAAAUCUACAAGUGCCCCAGUGGGAGUGUCCUCAAAAAGCAAUUUUGCGUCCAGUGCCCAAGAGGAACUUAUCACAAUGGCACAGAGAAUUCAUGUAAAGUAUGUCCCAAGGGAACGUAUUCCGAUACGCCCGGUCGACGUGAAUGCCAAUCUUGUCCUCCGCAUCAUUCAACAAGACGUGAUAAUAACAAAUCCGAACUAAACUGCCUUCAACAGUGUCCUCCGGGAACCAUGGCUCGCCUCAAGACACCAAAACGUACAGGAGUUACCCAUACUCCUCACAAAACCUUCAUGCCUUAUUGCAAGAAAUGCCUUCCUGGCGAGUAUCAACCUCUUUACGAUCAAAUUCGCUGUGAACCAUGUCCUGAUGGAUUCAUAUCACCACGAGGUGCAAAGUCAUUCACUGAUUGUGCCCCAAGGCGACUUUUUCCAUGUCAAUUAACGGAACCAGUAUGUGGUACCAAUGGGAUUUGUCUACCAGACACCAAGAAUCCUUACCUGUACAGCUGUGUUUGUGAAACAGGAUUUCAAGGAUCACAUUGUGAACAGCACGUUGAUCUUUGCCUGUCUUCGCCUUGUCUCAAUGGAGGAAUCUGUCACCAUGUCAAUACAACAGAAAUAGGAUGCCAAUGUCCAGAAUCCUUCACUGGGACUUUCUGUGAAGAAAUAGUCACGCCCUGUCUUAGCGUAACGUGCCAAAACGGAGGUAUUUGCUUCGACAUUGGAGAUAGGGCUAUAUGUGAGUGUCCUGAAGGGUUCACAGGAGAUUACUGUGAAACUGUUGUAAAUCACUGUGUUGAGAAUCCUUGCGAAGCAGGCGAAUGCCUGAAUGUACCUCAAGAAGGUUACCGAUGCAUCUGCCCACCUGGGAUUAUUGGCAGACGCUGCCAUUUGAGACCCUGCGACUACUUCCCAUGUCAUCCCAAUCAAAUCUGCAUUGAUCUACCAGAUGUUCCUGCCAAUAAAUCAAGCUUCAUGUGCCGAUGUCCAAUUGGUCUCAAAGGCGAAAAUUGUACAGACAUUGAUAACCCGUGUGAUCGGAAUCCCUGCAGGAACAAUGGAAUUUGCUCACCAGUAGCACUAAGGAACGGUUUGAAUGACGAUAGGAACGAAAGUCUCUUUGAGGAGUUUUCAUGUCAAUGCCCGCCUUACUUUUACGGUGACUUCUGUCAAUCUCUCGUAACUCCAGACUACGUUCUUCAGUUUUCCAAGCCACAUACAACCAACUACGCCAUAUUGCCUGGACCUAAUAGGGAUCUUGAACAAUUCACAGUCUGCACUUGGAUUAAGAGCCACGAUGACCACAACUACGGAACGAUCAUCUCCUAUGCAACAGAAGGACAGGACAACAUGCUAACGUUAACGGACUACAACGGUCUAGCUCUCUAUGUGAACGGAAACUUCAGCGUGUCAGACAUUGUGGUCAAUGAUGGUCAUUGGCACUUUAUCUGUGCAACAUGGAUGAGUAAGGAAGGCUCCUACCAGAUGUAUUCUGAUGGCAUUUUACAGCAUUCAGGAUACAACUUAAGUUCUAGUAAUUCCGUAGAAAACGGAGGAGUUCUUGUACUGGGUCAAGAACAGGAUACCAUUGGGUCAGGAUUCAGUGACUCCGAAACCUUCAUUGGAGAAAUUGCCUAUCUGGACAUGUGGGAUCGUGUGCUGGGCAUUCAGGAAGUUCAAGAAUUCUAUUCUUCUUGCCAUCCUUACCAUGGUAACCUCUAUUCCUGGAGUGACUUUAAGACGCACAUUAAAGGAGACGUCACCAUCCAGGAAUCUCCAUUCUGUAAACCUUGUCUCAAAAAUUUACAUCUUGUCAACGGGGUUGUAAACUACUUUGCUAACAGAGCUAUCUAUACCUGCAAUCAAGGGUUCUUCCUUGAAGGACUUCCUAUCAGAAACUGUCUCAGAACGGCAGAAUGGCAGCAGCCAGAACCAUUUUGCAAAAUAAUGGAUUGCGGUCCUCUGAAGUUAAUUGAAAACGGAUAUGUGAUGACUACGAGAACAACAUUUGGCGCAAAUGCGACCUAUGCUUGUAGUAGGGGCUAUGAAUUGAAAAACGGAUCAGAGUAUCGCAUCUGCGAGAGUUCAGGAAAGUGGUCUGGAACGAUUCCAGAAUGUGUCGAGAAGAAGACAUGUCCUGAGAUUGAGCCACCGAAAUGGGGUCGAGCGGUCUAUUCCACAUUGGAGCAGGGUAAAUAUCCUCCUGGGACCUUCAUUGAAUUUGAGUGUGGCAAUGAGACAAUCCUACAGGGACAGAGCUUGAUUGUGUGCGAAGAAAGUGGUCAGUGGGAUUCAGAAGUACCCAAAUGUGCUCCACAAUUUGUCGAAUCCUUCGAGAUGGAAAUUGUGACAAGAAGAAUGGAAACUGAGGAUGAAAUCCUGCCCCUGCUCAAUCGUGAAGAUUUCUGGGGUGAAUUGAGAACUUUCCUAUAUCAAGGAUGUACAAUUCAGAGUGAAAUUAAUCAGCUGUGUAAAUUGCAUAAAGAUGUGGUGUUGAGUGAUCUGGGGGAAUUGCAUUUGGAACAAUCUCAAGGCGAUGAAUCUCGUCUCUUUGGGGCAAUUCAGAGUGUUCUGGCGGAAAACAAGAGAAAGGACUUGAGUAUUAGCAAUUUAAUGGGAAAUAUAUUCAAAUUUGGGAAAAUUUCCCAAGACGAACAAGAUCUCUAUAGAAUGCUGUUUUGCUUCUCCAUGGACUUAGUCAUCUGGAAUACACAAUAUUACUUCGGAAAUGACACACCAUCCAUAGAUGAUGCAUCCGUCGAUAUCAGCGACAAGUUACCACUGGCCCUGGUUGAGAUAUUGGAGCCUGUGUAUGAAAAUUACCGGAAAAGCAUACUCAAGUCCACAAUGAGUACCAAUCCAAAUACCACAGUUUCCUGCCUGGAGCAGUUUCUGCCCCAGAUUGACCACUCAAGAAUUGUCGGCAUCUCCAGUUCAAAUAACGAGAGUGUGAGUAAUUUAUUUAGUUUUCCCAUUGGAACGAAAAUUGAUUUCGAAUGUGAGGAUAAUUUUCAUAUGAGUGGCCAGUACUCGGCCGAAUGCAUCGAUGGUGGAAUAUGGACAACAAAAGAGGGUGUAUGCUUAAGGAAAUGUGAAAUUCCAUCAAUACCAUCCAAUAUGAAUCUUGAGAAUUUCACCCAGAAUAUCUUCAUUGUUGGCCAUAAAGUUAAGCUCAAUUGUCUGGGAGGACUUUCAAUGACUGGUGAUCCAUACAUUGAAUGUUUGUCCACAGGAAUGUGGAGCAAUGUUGAACUACAAUGUGCUCUGGAUUAAAAUUAAAACAUCAAUUCUGGACCCAAAGGUCAUUAAUCUCAAUUCACAAGUGUCACAUCCUAUAGCAAUUGACGUAAGAUUUAUUAAUAAUAAUUAUUAUUCUACUUGAUUCUACUUAAUUAUACCAUACAUUUAUUUCAUUAAUGCAAAUCAUGAUUAAUAAAUUGUAAGAAAUAUUGUAUCCUGAACAUUGAAAAAGUUCUAAAAAAAAAGAUUUUUCAAAGUAUACUAAAAAUUUUGAAAUUAAUGCUAAAUUUUUAAUUUAAAAUAAUGUUAUAUGUGUAUUAUAGUCUUCCGAUACCUUCACUUCGUCCUAUUUACCUCCCCAUAACUCUGAGAAAUUAAAUAUUAAAAUAAUUCAAAAGAAA